AUCCAACCGUCGUCGGCUGAACUCUGCCGACAGCGACAUGGUGACGUCAGGAGACGAGCCACGAACGCCGCCACGAGCGACACGUAGGGACAGCGCGCCUCACAACAACGAGUCUGACAGGAACAACGAUGGGAUCAACGAGGAUCUCGGCCUAAGCUCAGCAUGUUUAUUAGUAGAAGCCGCCGUCGGUUCAGUAGAAUCCGCCUUCAAACUGCCUAAGACUAAGAAAACCAUGGCCACGGAAUGGAUCGGUCGGUCGCCCGAGCGAACACCGUCGCCCUACAGAUCUCCUUACAGACCGCCUCUCAUGUCCGCCACAUCCCUAGAAAGCCUCGUCAGAGUCGCCUCGACGAUGAUAGGCGAUUUAAGCGGGGCCCCAGACUUCCACGAGGAGAAACCACAUCCCCACCGAGGACCCCCGGCCGGGAUCGAAGCCGACCCCCAAAGAAGGCUAGAAGAAUCACUCGGAGCACCCCUCCGACUGAAGUCGUGGAAACGACGCCUACUGUGAUACCCCAGCAUAGUGCUAAGAAACGGUGGCUGCGACAGGCCAUCAGCGAGGAAAGCGACUCUCCCAAUGCGGAUGCAUUUGUUGCAGAAUCUCCGCCCAACGAAAUAGUGACGCCAUUGAAGAAGCGACGGUUAGCGAGAGAAUCGCUAUCCUGCGAACCAAAUAAUAUUGUGCCUUGUCACGAUGAGGCGUCACCCAAUUUAACGUCAGAGGAUUCGCCCGUGAAGGACGACGGGGGUUUGGUCCGGCAGUACAACGUGCGCGGCAUCAUGGAGGGCGUGUACGGGCGCGACCGCACGCGCUCGGACAGCGGGCAGGGCUCCGACGACCAGUGCCACCCCGACCACGACGUGCUCAACGUCAACAUGGCGCACACCACCUCCGAGCACAUCCGCCGCAUCAUCGGCGUGCCCACGCCCGAGGACGAGCUGCCCGCGCCGGCCGCCGCCAAGCCCGACCUCGCCAACAACAACAACGUCGAGCCCGACGACCCCCACUACGACAAGGCCGUCCCCAUGGACAUCGACACCACCCUCACCCCCCAGCCCAAGCUGGAGAGCGGCGAGCCCGCCAACUGUGAUAUCAAGGGCGUGGACCUGCUCAACGACAAACAGAACAGCUCCCGCUCCGCGGACACCAGCGGGAACUCCUCCCCGCAGCGCGACGAGAUGGACGACAUACAGAAGAAGAUCCACUCCUUCCACACGGAAAACAUUCUCAUCCUCAAGAGCAGGAACAAGAAACCUCCCAAAGAAAAACGGAAGAAGGUCAACCUGAACUUCGAUCUCAACAUGGUGGAUGACCAAAUCAGUAUUCAAUUGCGCACAGAAAAGGAGAGUUCUAAAUCGCCAGAAAUCAAUGGCGAUAUUCACGACGAUAUCAGCAAUUCGGCGUUACCGGCGCCUGAAAACAUACCCCUGCCCGACGAUCCGGGCCCGAUCCCUCCUCUAGAAGCGAUACCGCUACCGGAGGAGCCUAUGCGGCCUAUUAAGAAGCAAUUUACGGGGAACAUGAAGAACUCCAAACUGGUGAUCAACGGAGUCAUGCACGAUUCCUUCACGAUCGGGGACUCGAUGGCUCUGCCGGCGCCCGAGAACAUCCCCCUGCCUGAGGACCAGGGUCCGCUAUCUGUGAUACCGCCGCUCGAGACCAUUCCUCUGCCCGAGGAGCCGCGGCGGCCGCUCAAAGCCCGCGUCAAGCAGAUGAUCGAAAAGGAGGAGAAAGAAGCGUUAUCCAACGACACAGACUCAAAGUCGUCCGAAGUCAACGGCGAGGUGCACUCCGAAGUGGAGUCCAUCCCGUUGCCGGACGACAUCCCCUCUCUAGAGGCUAUCCCUCUGCCGGAGGAACCGAUGGAGCCGGUGCGGGUGCCCGCGUCCCCCUCGAGCAAACCGGAAGAAAAGACUUUACCGCCGAAAGACAAACCCUCAGUUCUGGAGAGCCCGCUCCCCUUCUCGUCGAGGUUCAGCUCGACCGGCCUGUUCUCGGGGAUCUUCAGCAACUUCUCGCAACCCUACGACGCGCCGGCCGCGGACCCGGUGCCGUCGAUAAUAAAAAGUGCAAUAGAUAGGACUACAAGUUUAGACAAUAGUAUAUUCGACAAAGAUAGUAUUACGGGUGUGGACGAACUGAAGAGCGUGCAGGAGAUCCUGACGCGCGUGAGCAAUAUGGACUCGAAUAACAGUGUGUUGCUGUCGGGCGUGCUGCAGGGCUCGAGCGGGCUGCCGGGCGCGACGACGCCGCACGGGCUGCCGGGCCCGGCCAAGCCCUUCGGCGCGCGCGCCAGCGACCCGCGCCUCAACCCGCCGCCGCAGGACAAACCCAAACCUGUGAGAAGGAAGCUCUCUAUCACCGAAUACCGCAAGCGGCACCGCGGGCCGCUGCCCGAGGAGGCGCACGCCGAGGGCGAGCCGGCGGGGCCCGAGUGGUCGUCCGAGUCGUCGGGCGCCGGCUCGCUGUCCCCGCAGCGCCUCGACGCCGCCGCCGCCGCCGCCGUCGACGACUUGGAGCAGAGGCUGCAUCGGGAACUCACUAAUACGCAUUUGCCCAAAGUCGCACCUUCGGACAGCGGGGCGCUUACAGGAGUGUUCGACGCACAGCCCACAGCGUCGGAACGACAGCGGGAAAACCUAAGUUCGCGGCUACGGCGCGAAUUCGGCCUCGCCCUACCUGAGGAUGAGCGACACGAACCCGUCACAGAGGGCGCGGCAGUGCUGCCGGCGCGGCGCUGCGACAGAUAGAGUAGAGCCGUAAGAAUAUUUUUGUAAAUCUCACGGCGCGGGGCGCCGCUGUAUAGCUAAGUUAUAGUUAAUGUACCUUUUGUAACCAACUGUAUAUUUCCGUUUCACUUCAGUGUUUUUUUCACGGUUUUUCUGCAAGUACAAAUUGUUUUAUUUCCCUUUGUAAAUAUUGUACAUACGAGAUGAAUUAAGAUAGGAUGUAGUGGUACAUAUGUAUAAUGGUAUAUUUUUUUUAUGUAUGUAUAACGUUUAUGUAUGUCGGAUAUAUUUAUUUAAUAGAAGGACCGUCUAUAGAAGGAUUGCUAGGAUUUUUGUACGCAUAAUGUUUAAGUAAAUUAUAGUUGUUUUUAUUAUUUGUUUUACUUUUUUAGCGUGUAUAGAGCUAUGCGGGCUCCUCCUAAGUGUAGGUCUCGUUAGGGUAGGCGUUUCCGGUGUAACGGUUAGUUUGGAUACCGACUUCGUGUUAGCCAUUAUUAGAGGUUAAAUCUGUGUUAUAAUUUAAGUAAGCGCUUUGUUACUGCGUAGGUAUGGCGGCUGAGGUAGCACUUUCAGGCAGUCAUUCGUGUCGUGUGCGAGGACGAGUCUUUAGUAGCCAUGAGAAUGAGAUCAUCAUUGAAACUGAACUGAUCAUGUCACACUAAUUUGUACAAGCACCGACUAGAUAAAAUAUUGCAUAGUAGCGCCAUCUGGUGGCUUAUUGAGAUUGAGACAGAUUUUCUAAAGGUCCUUGCUAAAGUGGCGCCACCCUAUGUUUACUUUUACUGUAUAGUUUUACUACAAUUCAGACGGUUGUUAAGAAUCAUGAUUGUCUACAGUAUGGUAAAAGGCUAUGUGGCUAAUUAGUGUAUUAUAUUAGUAAGUAAAUAAAUAACCGGCCGAAUUAAGUUGUAGAAUUCUAAAGAAUUGAAUUUACAUUUUUGUUCUUAUGCAAAUUAGAUGACAUGUCAUAUUUUGGUGACGGUCUCAUAGGCAUGGUUGUAUGUAUUCGGUCCCGCGACACAAAGUCGAGGCAGCUAGUCUGACCCACACCACGUUAUCGUUGGAAAUUGUUGCAAACGGCGAAAUAGUUGACAUGAGUAGGUAUCUACAGCGGCAUAAAAUUAAUAGGCCUAGCUUACGAUAGCAAAUAAUUUGCAGGGAUCACGUAGCUAUCCAAAUUAUCGACUAGUCUUAGCUAACCCAUAUGUGCCCAACACAUGUAUUUUAUUCGCUAUUUUUUGUGGUGACAACCUCAUUCUCCUACUUAUUUUAAUGAGUAGUAGCGUGUUUUCAGCAGUGGGUCGAUAACGACCCUAUGGGCAUAUAAUUAUAUGCCUAUGGGCAUGCUAUGGGCUAAACUUAUCUCUAGACGCACGUACUACUUUUCUCUAUGUAUCUCGUUCCCCGUUCUCAUUUUACUAUUAAAUCCAUUUAUGAAAUAAAUAGUUGGCAUGUGUAAUCUUAAUAUGGGUGAACGUAGCAUACUUAUUUUAAAAACCCUUCUUGGAGAAAGGGUCAAACGUAAUCAAACGUUUUUCUAUUGUGUCUGUCAGAGUGUACACGAAUUUAAUUUGUAGAAAGUAUAUAGACUACAAUUUUAUUUUAGAAAUAUUGCCAAAGUUAGCACAAAAUUUGUAGAAAAUUUAUAUUAAUAUAACAUUCGUUUCGGGUCACUUGUCUCGAUUAUAAGCCGUACUGCAAGAAUUUGCUCCUAUAACCAAGCAACGCCUUACUUCUGCCAUAUUCAGAGAAUCGUAUGGCAUAUAUGGAUCAGUGAAUUUAGCCCUUAUUGUACACAAAACAAGGUGCAUACACGCAGUGAAUAAGAUUUAACAAUAGCUAGUAAAUAGAAGUUAUUCGUCUCAUCGAAGCGAUCGUAUAGUGCCCGAAUUAAAGAGAAAUAAAUAGUGCUGAAAUGAGAAAAAUACCGUGCUGAUCAAAUAGCAAUAUUUGUAUAAUUUUUAAUAGAGAAAAACCUGAAAAUACCGUCUUAUAGUGACGGUGAAGUCACAGCACAAUUUUUUUAUUCAUUUCAGCAAUCUAUUUUUAAAAACUACUGCAACCCCCGUAUUACCAUGUCUAUACAACAUGAUGUUUUUGUCUCCGUGCAAUCGCGAGAACUCUGUAUAUAUUUAAUUGAGUGUUAAAAUAGCCAAUUAUAGAUAUACAAUUUUAAUAACAUAAGCCGUGAUUUUAAAAUUAUUUUGUAGGUCUAUAGAAUAAUCGGUAAAAACUUCAUGUUGUGUAAAAAGAUUUGGAAGCAGGCAUAGUUUUGGUGUGUUCCAUUCGAGUUUGCCUAAUAACUACAAAAGCUAUAUUAAAAAAAAUAUUAAUGUAUGUAAUAUCUUUAAAUAAAUGAAUGGCACAUAACCAAAACUAUGCCAAUGUUUCUAUUCCACACAAGUCACGCAGCUGUAGCUUAGACUAAGAACACAGAGAGCAGUUUCACCAUCUUAUUUUCACGAAACACGUAGUUUUUAUGCAAUUUCAGCCAGUCUCAGUACAAAAAGUACUGAGUUAGACUGAAGUAGCAUGACAAAUACGAUUAUUUUUGAGAAAAUACUAUAAUAUAACAUCAUGAAAUCCUGUUGCCUACAGGGU